AUGGCGGAAGAGCAUCUUUCCACUUCGUCGCUGGACCAGGUGGCCACCUCGGAGGCCCCCGGCAGUGAGAAUGGCAAGGCGGCCGAGGACAAGACGACGCCGGCCAAGGAGAGAUUCCGCGGCGUCCGUCGAACGAUUCUCUUCAUAGCACUCUUGGUCAGCUUGCUAUUCUCCAGCCUCGACACUUCCAUUGUGUCCACGGCGCUCAUCACCAUAUCCCAUGAGCUAGACGACUUUGUCAACGCGCCAUGGAUCGUCCUGGCCUACCUCUUGACCUACAUGGGCUUUGCCGUGUGCAUCUCCAAGCUCAGCGACAUAUACGGCCGGCGCAACACGCUGAUGCUGUCGUGGAUCAUCUUCAUGAGCUUUUCGCUGGGCUGCGCGCUGUCCAAGAACAUGACCACGCUCAUCAUCUGUCGCGCGUUCCAGGGCAUCGGCGCGUCCGGCAUGUACAGCCUCACGCAGAUCGCGCUCAUGGAAGUCGGUCCCGUCGAUAAACCGGCCAUGAUCGGGGCUGCGAUCGGAGCCACCCUGGCCGUCGCCUUUGUCCUCGGCCCUCUCCUCGGCGGCGUCAUCACGCAGUUUUCAAACUGGAAGUGGAUCUUCAACAUCAACCUCCCCUGCGGCCUCGUCACGCUUGUCGUCAUCGCCAACUUCUGGCCGCCGGAGCAUGCCGAGAGCUUAUUCUCGUGGGCGGGCUUCUCCCGCAUCGACUUCCUCGGCAGCGCCUCGCUCUUCUGUAGCUCCAGCCUGCUCAUCUUCGCCGUCCAGCAGGCCGGCUCCGAGACGUACGCCUGGGACAGCGACGCCGUCAUCGUCUCGCUCACGCUGUCGGGCGUGUGUUGCGUGUGCUUCGUCGCGUGGGAGACGUUUCUCGGGACCAAGAAGAUUGGGCACAUCGAGCCCAUCUUCCCCAUGCGCCUCAUCGGCCUGCGGGUCUAUGUUGCCGGACUCUUCCUCACACUCCUCACCGGCUUCCCGUACAUUGCCCUGUCCAUUGUCAUCCCCGAGCGCUUCCAGAUCGCCGGCGGCGACAACGUGCUCAUGGCGGGCGUCCACGUCCUCCCGCUCCUCGUGGGCUGCGCCUUCGGGUCCUUCGUCGGCGGCGCCGUCUCCAGCAAGCGCAAUAACACGGGCUUCACGCUCCUCGGCUCGUCGUGCCUCCAGCUGCUCGGCGUGGGCCUCAUGACCACCAUCACCACGUCCGACUCCCGCCAGGCCGCGCAGUACGGCUACCAGGCCAUCUUCGGCCUCGGCGUGGGCAUGUCCUUCUCGGCCGCCACCAUCAUGACCAGCGUCCUGGCCGCGGACCCGAGCGUCCGCGCCUCGGCCCAGGGCGCCAUCGCGCAGGCCCGCGUCUUUGGCGGCUGCGUCGGCCUCUCCAUCUGCACCGUCAUGUUCAACGCCCACGUCAACCACGACCUGUCGGGCGGCGGCGUGCUGACGUGGGCCCAGGUCAAGGACCUGCUUCGCUCGCCCCUCUCCAGCUUGAGGCUGCCCGAGGACUUGCGGAGGCGAGUCACGGGCGUCUACGUGGCGGCCUUUGAGCAGGAGGUCGACGUCAUGAUGGCCGUGUGCGCCGCCAUGGUCAUCGUGUCGCUCUUUACCCUCGAGCGGCACCCGACGCCGUUGGAGAACCGCGUCGCCGCUGUUCGUCUGUCACCCUCUACCAAGGACCAGAACUCUUCGUCGCCGCGAUCGAGCGACUCGCGUACAGAAAUGUACAACUGGUUGAACCGUCGCGCACAGACGUGCUAA